GCCGCCUUUCCGAGCCGGGUCUGAACGUAGGCCCGCGAGCCCUGCACGCCACCAUUCAGGGUGCUGCUCCCCUGGGAGACCCCCACAGGCUCCGGACAGAGCCCUGCUUCCUCUCUCCCGAAUCACACGCCGGACUUUGCAAAAGGCGGUGUAAGUUUCCUGCUACACGCAUUGGGUCCGCCGAAUCGCCGUCUCGCUCUCUCUGAUAGGGGCUGAUUAGCAAAGGAGGACUUGGCCGGGGACCUGAGCAUGGCUGGAUUUUCUCCCGAGCUGCACCAGCGGAGAAUGCACCGCACAUAAAACCCAGCUAAGCCCCGCGCGGCGAAUCCUAGCGGGAGCCGGCGAAAGGAGGAAGCGACUGAGGCGAGACAAGCAGGAAGCGAGCUGGUGGGGUGGGCAGCUCUGGGGGCUGGUAGGGUCUCUCUCAGCUCAACACCAGCAGGGAUGGACAGCGCCUCUGGACUCAGCCGGCGCUGGGACACAGCGCUCCUGCGGCUGCAGGUGCCCGUACACCGGCUUGGCUCUCUCUGCUGCUAAAAGGGCGGCGCUCCCUAAUCUCUCGCUCCCCCUCCUCCCCUCUGAUUUAUUUAUUUUAUUGUUUUGGGUGGACGGAAAGUAACCCCCCUCCAUGCAACUGCAAACAGGGACGGUGGCGUCAUUCCGCUCCGGAAUUUGAGAUCUCACCAGCGACUUCAAUACGAUUUCAUUUCUUUUUUCUUACACAAAUAAGAGUGUAACUUUCCGGAGGCUUUGAUUUAAAUCAUGGGCACGGGGAUCGGGGGCCAGGUGAGAGAUUUUCUGUAUUACGCCAAAUAACCGCGGAGAUGGUCCCGAGUGGGUUGGAAAUACUUUGGACAGAGCUCUGAGAGGAGACCCGAAGUGUACAAGCUCUACAACGUUUCUGCAACUGAGAGCAGAUCGCCUAACGCUGGCAUAUUGGCAAACAAAUAUCACUUGCUGUGCCAUAGCACAUGGAUUUCAGGACCUCCUGUGAAGAGACAAAGACAGGGAUUUGUUUGCUGCAGGAUGGUAAUCAGGAGCCUUUCAAAGUGCGACUGCACUUAGCCAAAGAUAUUUUGAUGAUCCAGGAACAGGAUGUGAUCUGUGUGUCUGGUGAGCCUUUCUAUUCUGGUGAAAGAACGGUAACAAUUAGAAGACAAACUGUAGGAGGAUUUGGAUUAAGUAUAAAGGGUGGAGCAGAGCAUAAUAUCCCAGUGGUCAUUUCCAAAAUUUCCAAAGAACAAAGAGCUGAACUCUCAGGUUUGCUCUUUAUAGGAGAUGCAAUUCUACAGAUUAAUGGAAUUAAUGUAAGAAAAUGCAGGCAUGAAGAAGUGGUUCAAGUUCUUCGGAAUGCAGGAGAAGAAGUGACCCUAACAGUGUCCUUUCUGAAAAGAGCACCUGCUUUUCUCAAAUUGCCUCUGAAUGAAGAUUGUGCGUGUGUCCCUAGUGACCAAAGCAGUGGCACAUCAUCUCCCCUCUGUGACAGUGGUUUGCAUCUCAACUACCAUCCCAACAAUACGGAUACGCUAUCAUGUUCCUCAUGGCCAACAUCACCAGGGCUUAGGUGGGAGAAGAGAUGGUGUGAUCUCCGAUUAAUCCCGCUCCUUCAUUCCCGUUUUUCCCAGUACCUCCCAGGAUCAGAUUUGUGCAGGCAAAAUGCAUUCCAGGUAAUUGCUGUGGAUGGAGUUUGCAGUGGAAUAAUUCAGUCUCUCUCUGCUGAAGACUGUAUGGACUGGCUACAAGCAAUAGCAACUAACAUUUCCAACCUCACAAAGCACAAUAUAAAAAAAAUCAACAGGAAUUUUCCCGUAAACCAGCAGAUAGUCUAUAUGGGCUGGACAGAAGAACGGGAACAAGACUCCCUUCAGGACCGAAUGUACACACCAAAGUUUCUAGCUCUGAGGGGUUCCUCUCUUUACAAAUUUAUAGCACCUCCAGUCACCACGUGGGAUUGGACACGAGCUGAAAAAACGUUUUCAGUUUAUGAGAUCAUGUGCAAAAUUCUCAAGGACAGUGAUCUGUUGGAUCGUCGGAAACACUGCUUCGGUGUCCAAUCUGAAUCUGGAGAGGACCUCUACUUUUCCGUGGAGUUAGAGUGUGACCUAACCCUGUGGGAAAAAGCCUUCCAAACAGCAACUUUUUUAGAAGUUGAACGAAUUCAGUGCAAGACAUAUGCCUGUGUUUUGGAGAGUCAUCUUAUGGGGCUUACCAUUGACUUUGGCAUGGGCUUUGUCUGUUUUGAUGCUGCCACAAAGGCUGUGCUUUGGAGGUACAAGUUUUCCCAGCUUAAAGGAUCUUCAGAUGAUGGCAAGAGUAAAAUCAAAUUUUUGUUCCAAAAUCCAGAUACUAAGCAGAUUGAAGCAAAGAAAGAGAGAAAGCCAAGAGGCAUGUCUCAUCAUCUUGAACUGGUGUGUUCCCCAUUUUACCGUAUCUUCAUGCUACUCUUCAUGAGCAGCAGCAAUAAUGUGCAUUAUGUUCCAAAGUACAUGUGGACCAAAGGAGUUGGAAUUUUCCAAUCUGUUUGCAGUCCUUCACUGCAUCCACUCAUUCUUCGCUGCCAAAGUGGCUUGUUUGGACCCAUUGUAUGUAGGCAGUCAAGCCGCCACAUCUGCUGUUGCCACAACUUCUGGUACUGGCAAAUCAAAGUAUACUACUUGACAUCUUGCAUUUCAGCACUGCCACUUACCAACAGUACAUAACAAUGUAUAAAUAUUCAUCAAAUUUAGACCUUUGGGGAACUGCGAACAUGGAAACCAAUCCAAGAGGCAAGCCAUGCUGCAGUUUCAGCAGAAAAAUGGUCACAUGGGAUCAUACAUUCAUCUCUGUUCUGCAACUCCAGUAAAUAAUCCUAGCUGAAACCCUGGAAUAGGAUGGAUAUGCUUUUAGUAUGAUCUAUUUGUACUUACAUAGUGCUUUAAGCAACAGUGGAGGCAAAAGGAAAACAAAUGACACAGUGAAGCACUUAAGUAUUUAAUAAAAUUUUCAGCUGUCUGUAAUAAUACACAAUUAGAAUUGUCAUUUACUUGUUUUCAGAUGUUUUAUAUGACAACAUACAAAGCUCUGAGUAUAAACAUAGGGCAAUAGCAUAAUAGUAUAAAUGACACAACAGCAAGCAAGAGGCAUAUCGUUUGUGACAACAAGGAGAUAAGCAUGAAAGGGCAUUUGUGUAAGUAUCUCCUCAAAGAAGAAAGCACUUUACACACUCUUGUAAAUUCAUACUGUUUUCCUAUAUGGAAACAUGCUAUUGUUGUUUAUUUUGUUGUCAUUCUGUUCUAAUUGUAAUGAUAAAGUUAUAGCCAUAUUGGUCUAGCACAUAAAGACAAAUAUAGUGGAGAAAUUUUUACAGACACGGGACCCUCUUCAAGUCAAAAUAGGUGGGAUAUGAAUUUGAUUUCAAUUAUAAAUUAAG